AUGCGCGCUCGCGUCGACGCGCGCGCAUCGACGCAUCGCCGACGAGCGCGCGACACGUCCUCGACCGUUGCGCGUCGCGUCCCGCGGCUCUGCGCAUUCGUCAUCGCGUUGUCGACGCUCCGAUGCGUCGCGGGCUAUCGGCUCCCGCGUUACGUCGCCCCGCCGUACCUGACGUCGAUAACGCCGAACCUUGGACACGUCGUGGGCGGGACGGAGGUGACGAUCCGAGGCGGGGGGUUCGCGAACGAAGCGGGCCUGAGCGCGCGCUUCGCGUAUUACGACUCGUCGACGAUGACCUCGGAGAUCGACGUGGUGAAGGCGACGUACGUAGAUUUCGGGACGAUUAAGGUGGUGACGCCGCCGAGGGGAGUGCUCGGUUCGACGCACGUGACGGUGUCGAACAACGGAGUGGGAUGGUCGACGACGCCGCUGAACGAAGCGCACGAGGGGACGUACUUGAAGUUUGAGUACUCGAACACGAAUCCCACUGGGACGUGGGUGAUUCAGAACGCGACAGGGCACUCGCGUGGUGGUGCGGUGGUAAAGAUUCGUAAUUCCGAUGGGAAUUUCUUGCCGGGUCCGCAUUUACGAUGUCGAUUUGGAGAUCCUGUGGACGCGUCGGCGACGGCAACGUUCACAAUCGGGACGAUGACGAAGACGGCGAAGCACCCAUGGUUCGGACGUGGAAGUGGUGAAGUGGGCUACACGGUGAAGAGCGCCCGAUUGAACGAUGGUGCCGUGACGGAGGGUCCGUCGUUCAUUCUGAAGAGGGACACCACGUACACAUUCACGUUGGAUUCGUCGGUAGCGAACUUUCCGUUUUACAUCUCCACUGUCGAGCCAUCGAACUGGGAGAAAAGUUACGAGAAUAAACUCACCGACCCGACAGAUAACGGUUCGGUGUACUUCACGCCGACAUCCUCCAUGCCAGAUUAUGUGUAUUAUCACAGCACGACAGCGUCUUUCAUGGGUGGGAUGAUUGUUCUUAUCGACGCGUCGUCGUCAGAUUUCGAAACUGGCGCUUCGAAAGCAAACACGGUUAAGGCGGAGUGGCUGUAUUAUAACGAAAUACAAUGUGUUACACCACCGUGGGUGAGUAGUCAGGACGACUCGAACGAUCACGGCGGAAAGCAGGUGACGGUGUACGUCUCCAACGACGGCGUGACAUACCACGGGGGAAGUGGUGGCGCGGACGGAGCCCCGCCGGCUGAUAGCGGCUCGGGAACGACGUUCACGUACUUUGACAACACCACGUUUUGCGACGUUCCAAUUUAUUACGAUGGUUCGGCCAACGCCGCGUCGUACAAAGCAGGAAUCGCACUGACACUUACGUCGUCGAAGCACUCAGUGAGCCCAAUCUAUGCGGACGAUGGUACGAUAGAUAGUACCAUGAAGACAAAUUACGCCAACGCGGUCACUACGCACACAACAGAGGCAGGAUUGACGACAGGCUCGGGAAAUAGGAACGAUUUGGUCGUAGAGGGUACUUACACGGGCGGUGGUGUCGCGUGGUAUGAAGUCGUCAUCGACGGCGCCACGUCUGGAAGCGAAACUUUUAGAUGGAGAUUACACAGCGCAAUCGGAUCGAACGUCGCCUGGAUAGAAACUGGUCGCGCGAUUCCAGUCGCUUUGUCGGGAUCGCCGGGUGGUCUACUAAGUCAAGGCAUAAGGAUCCGCUUCACAUCAUCCGGGACGCAUCACGUCGACGGCGAUCGAUGGCUCAUCCGAGUGUACGGAGGCAAACCAAAUGUGGUCUCCGCAACGACGACGCACGAAGAGACCACGUAUGCCGCACGGGGACCCUUCUACGGUAACACGGAAAUAACUAUACAUGGACAAGGCUUCUUUCCAUCGGACAGAAUGAAGUGUAAGUUGCACGACUCUGUCACGGGCACAGGAGACAUGAUUCUUGACGCUCAGUUCGAUAGUGUGCAGCGCGUGCGGUGUAUUACCAAAGCUCACGAUCCGCGUUCUGGCGGUGAAGUAGCUGGAACGUUUCGUCCGUGCUUCGAAAAGACAAUUACAGUCAGCGUGGACAAUGGAGAGACGUAUAGCGAUGAUUCGUCCGCGAAGUUCCUGUUCUGUGACAUCUACGUUUCUAAGUCGGGCUCUGACACUUACGGCGACGGCACACCAAACAAACCGUAUCUGACGCUGCAGCGUUCCUUCGAGGCCGCACUCGGCGAAGCAAGAUCCUACGCAUUGUCUUACGAGUUGGGCGAUCUCAAAACGGGCAUCAGAGGUAGUUCAGAGUUUCGCACGAUGAAGUUCGGUAGCGCCUCGAAAAUUCCCGUCAACAAAGGCUUCGGGUAUUACGUUAAUCGCGAUCGGGUUCAAAUCAGUAGUGGUUCUUACACCGGGGCGGGUAAUAUUGGAUUACACCCACUCGGCAAAAUGCUCGAGGUCGUAUCGAAAGACGGUACUGUGGUGAUCGAUUGUGAGAAGGAAGCGACGGGAAUGAUAGUCAACCACGACCGACACGGAUCUGAGGAGGUGACGAACUCUGGCAGCGUGUCCUUCAUCGGGGUGACUCACGUCAACUGCUAG